CCAAUUAUCACAUCGUUCAAGCUUUAUAUUUUACCAUAGAUAUGACCAUACCUCCACACUUCAUCGAGUUAAAUACUCCAUCCAAGGAACUCGACAUCAUUUCAGAUUUGAAAUUCUCGCCUACACCAACUCAUGACCAAUUGUUGGUGAGUACCUGGAACAAUGAAAUAUUCAUGUACGAAUUGCGAGACUUGCUUGUCCCCCAUGCCCCACCUCCGAUUGACCCCGUCCAAGUGUUCAACACUAGUGACACCCCCUUGUGUUUAUUAUCUACUUCCACGGUGUCCUAUGCUGGGUUAUUGGAUGGGACCGUGCGGGAAUUAGAUUUCGAGAAUGGGAAAUUGGGCGGCAAUAUCGCCAGUACCCCAGAUGAAAACGAGAUUAAUGGCGGGAUAAACAAUAUCUGCCAAGUCUCCCGCUUGAACUCAAUCAUCUGUUCUACUUUCAACGGGAAAUUACAGUUGAUUGACCAGAGACAACGCCAACUGGUACAGACCUACCAGAACAAAGCCAAGAUAUUCACCAUGGAUGUGUCAGACCAAUAUCUCACAUGUGGAUUGACCAGCAACAUGAUUGAGAUUUACGACUUUAGAAAGUUGGACAGACCCGUGCAGACCAGACAGGUCGGGCUCAAGUACCAAAUCAAGGACCUCAAGACGUUCCCCAACAACGAAGGGUUUGCAUUGAGCACCAUUGACGGACGAGUUUCCAUUGAGUACUUUGACUCAUCACCUGAGAUCCAGCAACAUAAACGAUUCACGUUCAAGUGUCAUCGCCACCAGGAUGAAACCACGGGUGCCGAUUUGGUUUACCCUGUGAACUCAAUCGCAUUUAAUAAAAAGUACAGUACAUUGUUCACCAGUGGAUCAGAUGGGACAAUAUGUUUGUGGGACUGUGAGAAGCGCAAGCGAAUGAGACAGUAUCCCAAGUUCUUGAGUCAUGAGGGUGAGCCCGAGAGUAUUGUCAAGAUUGGCUUGAGCCAUGGCGAUGAGUUGAUUGCUGUGGCUACCAGUGAUGAUAAUUACAAGAGAAGAAGAAGGCUCUCUGAAGGACAAAACUCGAGAGCUCCUUCGAGAUUAUAUGUUAAGCAGUUGUCUGAAACUGAGUGUAUGCCUAAGAAGUAACUUUAUAGAAAUACAAUUUAUGGUAGACUG